UAGAGGGAUUAACAAAUAAAUGUUCUCAAGCUAAUGUUACAGGUCAUUAUGGCCCAUGAUCUAAAUGUUAUUACAGCCAAUUAUAAUUAAAAAACUCGCUCAAUAGAUAGCUCUUUUAUUACUCAGUCAAUUUUCGUUAUGAAAAUAAUUGAACAAUUACUUGUAACUUUAGGUUUACGAAUUAUAUAAUUUUAGGGUUAUGCAUUUUAAUCGGGAACCGGAUCUCAUAACACUUCUUUUUUAAACGUAAUUUGUAAUUAUUAAUAAUUUUUUACUUCUGUUUGGAAAUGUGAAAACAAACAAACAACAAAAUGGUACUUUAUGAUAAAUUGGAUCAGUAGGUAUCUUUGGUAGGUAAUACCUAGUACCUAAACAAUGCAACUAAAUAGUUAAAUAUUAUGCAGUUUUUUUGUUAAUAAUUAACUAGGUUUUUUUUGUUAAUUAUUCGUAGUAAAUUAUUCUUUAGUUUACUCCGUGUAAAAGUCUUGUUAGUUUUUAACUGUAAUUUCACGGAACACUAGCAAGUGUAUAUUAUGUUGACAUGGCCGUCUUUUAAAAAUUAAUACUUUUAUUCCGAUAGCAUAAUUUGCUGUAGAAGUAAAGAGACCACCUUGCCGAAAUGUUGCCUCUUAUAAUAAAAAAUUUGGCUUCAAUAAAUAAAUCAAAUAGAGAUAACAACAUUGUAGAAACAACAUAUUUCAUACGUCUCAUAAGAAAAUUGGCCGGCGCAUCAGUAAUUACUAUUGAAUAUACACCCGAGAAAAAAGUUAGUACAACGUUUUCUUGGUUUGGAUUUAUAACUUUUCUCGCUUGGUACACUUCUUAUUACUAUUGCCUGUACAGAAUUGUAAUGGAAGACCAGUCUAUAUUAAGGGCUCUAUAUAAUACGAGACUGCAACACUAUGGCGAUGAUGUAGAGAGAUUCACGGUUGGUAUUUUCACUUUGUAUGCAAUGUGGAAAGUACCCUUCGAUCUCAGUGGUAGCACGGAAGAUGCACAACUGAUCAUUGACGUAGACAAAGCUUUGCAGGACUUGAACGAGCCAGUGUGUUACUCGAAUAGCCUGUAUUUGGCAUUCAUCUUAUUCCUAAUCCAAGCUUCUAUUAGUGGCUCUCGAAUUUUCACUGUAUCAAUGUCACUACACGGAGGAACAAGAAUGCCAAUUGAAAAAAUAUUCCAAAUGAUCUUCGCUGAUGCGAUAAUUUUUACAAUAACGGCACAAUACUGUUCGUACCUCUUCAUUUUAAAAAGGAGGUACAGAUUAGUAAACAGAGCUCUCAAUUCGAUAAGGUUGCGUACAUCCUCAGAGUUUUUCAAAUUUCGUUUCCAACAACAAGCAGUGCCGAACGGUAUUUUUAGCAUAAAGGAUAAAUAUCUGUGCAAAAAGAUCAAAGCGUGUGGAAGAAUAUACGGCAUGUUGUUUUCUGCUACCGAGAUGACUAACAAUAAAUUUGGACUGGUGAUACUAAUUAUGAUGUUCCUGGCACUUCUUUUUACGAUUUUAUACCUUUAUUAUUUUAUGGAGGCAACAGCAUCUGGUUUGUUUCACGACCCCGAGAAAUUCAUCGAUUUCUUAAUUUAUGUUGGUUGGCAAAUCGGCUUUGCAAUAAGCGUUAUGCUUGUGUGCAUAUAUUUCAGCGAGGCAACUGUAAGAGAGGCACAAAUUACUCCUCAUGUAAUACAUCAAAUAAUUAACAGCGAUCUGGGAAAUACGGUAGAAACCGAGGCAAUUAAUCUCUCUCUACAAAUUCUUCAUCAAAAACCUUCGUUUACAGCAUAUGGCUUGUUCAAGUUGGAUUACGUCAUGGUGUUAGAAGGUGCGCGAUCCGUGACGACCUUCCUUGUUAUCUUACUACAGUUCGUUACGGAAAAACAUUAGAAAUUAUAAAGUGAACUAAGUCUUAGUUAUCUAAUUAAUAAAUGUUGAAUAGAAUAAUAAUUAUCUUGUUAUUUUUGUAGUUGUAAAAUUAGAAA